AUGCGUUCUCCGAUUGAGUUCGAGAAAGACCACCACUACGACAGGUGUCGAGACAGUAUCGACAGCGAUUUCUCCUCUUCAGACAAUGCCGCAGAGCCAUUAGCACAAGCCGACGAUGUUGUACCACCACCUCCACCACCUCCAUACUCGGCCUUCUCUCUCAAUCGUCGGCGCUUCAUGCUUGGCGUCGUGACAGCAGCAGGCUUCUUUGGCCCUUUGACUGGCGCAAUUUACUUGCCAUCUCUUGUGCUCUUCGAAGAAAUUUUCAGGGCUUCGGCAACAGCGAUCAAUGCGACGGUGGCGAUGUACAUGGUGGUGUUUGCCAUCGCGCCACUUUUCGGCGCAGUAGCCUCCGAUGUUGGGGGGCGUAAACUCGUUUAUAUGGUCGGUCUUGGAAGCUUUCUGGUCGCAAACGUGCUGCUGGCCACGCUCCCUGCUCACAUCGCACUUCUCUUCAUCCUACGAAUAUUUCAGGCUUUUGGGUCGUGCAUCGUCUUCUCAGUCGGAGCAGGCACCGUUGCGGAUAUCACCGAGCCUGCAAAACGCGCAUCCGCUCUGGCCUGGUUUCUCAUGGGGCCCCAGCUUGGACCAGUGUUUGGACCAGUCAUUGGCGGUGGUUUUGCAGAUGUUUCGCGCUGGAGAUGGGUUUUCGGCUUCUUGGCCUUGACUUGUCUUCCUGUGUACUGCGCCAUCAUCUUUUGCAUGCCGGAGACUCUACGAUCUCUCGUUGGCAAUGGUGCCGUUCUUGCUCACCAGCCAUGGUUUUCUAUACCCAAGCUCCGCACACAACCUAAUACGGAUAUCAAGGGCCCGAAGGUCCCUCGUCCAUCAUUUCGAAAGUUCAUGCGGCUUCUGAAGUACCCUCCUCAUCUCAUCGUCUCGUUCAAUGGUGCUUUCCAGUUUGCUGGGUUGUAUGGGUUGUACAUUUCCCUUCCAACUGUACUCAAGGAUACGUACAACUGGUCUACCGCCGAAGUCAGCUACGCAUACCUCGCGCCGGGUAUCUCCAUGUUCAUCGCCUCCAUCAUUGUCGGUCGUGGCAGUGACUGGCUGCGCAGGAGGUCUAUCGCUAAAAGCCCCGACGGCAAGGUCGCACCUGAGCGACGAAUUGCUUAUCAAAUACCUGGUUUUUUUAUCGCAGCCGUAGGCAAGCUCAUGUACGGAUGGUCCUGCCAAAACCGCGUAAGUCCAGCUGCCGGUCUGAUUGGAUCGGCACUUGCUUCUGUUGGGACAUCGAUUGUCUUCGUCACCAGCACUUCAUUCCAGACAGAAUGCGACCCAGCUCAGACCGCGAGUCUAGUCGCAUUAGGAGGUUUUCUUCGCAACGUCGCUGCAGCCAUCGCUGCUGUUGUCAUGGAUGGCCUACUGGACAAGGUUGGUGUUGGAUGGACCUUCAGCAUCUUUGGGGCGAUGGAUUUGCUCUGCAUUCCUGGGAUCCUGCUGAUCAUCUUCAAAGGUGCGGAGAUGCGCGCAGCAUUGAAAGCACAGCAGACGCAUGGCUGA